UAAAUGCUCUCUGUACCCCACGAGAGUCUCUGGCAGGGGAGGGGAGAUUAAAUCUUCCGAGCUUGUGGACAGAGGUUCUGGGAUUCUGAGCUUUGUGUGAAGUGGCAACAAAAAGUUGGCGGAGCUGAUGAAUUGAUGCGCAGGCUUUGUGACCCUCAACUGCGGGGGCGGGCCCUUCACGGAUCCGGUCACGGGCUUGAAAUGGGAGAACGAUGAGCGAUAUAUCGAGGCAUCCGUUGACCUGCGCGCGGAGGGAGUCCUUAUCAGCGCCAGCCUUCUUCCCGAGCCCAGCACGAGUCCCGUGAACAACUCGGAGAGCUUGAAGGAUGCGUCGGUUUUCUACCCGAUAGGCCGCAUACCGAGAUCGAAGUUCUGCUAUAAUCUGCCGAUUUUCAACUCCGAAACCGAGGAGCCGAUGAACUACCUCCUCCGCGCGACGUUUCCGAGCAGCAAUCUGAUCACCAAGGCCACGAAUGCCAAAGGAGACGAGGUAUCCCUGAGCACUUACAGCAAGCGCUUCUACUUCACCGUGGACUCGACGUACAUCUCCACCAUCGAGCUGCUGGAGAACCAAUCCCAGAUCCUCGAGCUCGUCAUCACCGCGUUCGAUAAGGUGGUGUACGUGUGCCUGGUCCCUCUCGAAGACAGAUCGUCCAUGCCGGCCAUUUCCGCACUGGAGCUGCGCCCCUUUGCAGUUGGCAUGUAUCCUCGAGUCGAUUCUGGGAUGCUCAAAUUGUCCAUCACGACCUACUUCCUGACAGUGGCCCGGCUCAAUUUUGGAGGCGACAUGCAGUUGAGAUAUCCCGUUGACAAGUACGACCGGAUAUGGGCUCCUGCGAAGAUCCCCAGCGGUGAAAAGCAAUUCAGUUCUAGAACGAAUGUUUCGCGUGUUCAUGUUCCACUUAAUGCGGAGAUUGAUAUCCCGGAUGAGGUGAUGAGCACAGCCUGGGUUGCGACGCAGAUGGAGAAUAACGUGACGUUUGAGGUAAAUUUGACGGGAGUGAGAGCAAUGCGAGCCGUCCCUAGUUUCUAUUUCAGCCUCCUCUUCUACGAUAUGCUGGAGACUGCCAAUAACCCUCGGUUUGUCAACGCCUAUUUGGACGACGAUCGUGAGGAACGGAUUUUCGAAGACGAAAUUGACAACUAUCGUUCGUUACAAGUUUAUAGCAGGGGCUGGGCUUUUACGACGAAUGCUCCCACCUUCAAAAUCAGAGCAAAUGGCACGAGCCCAAACCCCGGAUUGAUCAAUGCAGCAGAGUUUUAUGGAGAAUUUGAUGCUGUGGUAUGGAGGACAUUCCGUUACGAUGCUAGCACCCUUAAAAGCCUUUCCGAGAGCGCUCCCAGUUUACUGGAUACAGCCGGCGAUCCUUGCCUGCCGGUCCCAUGGGCCUGGGUGGUCUGCAGCAUCGAAACACCACCUCGAGUUACACAGAUAAAUAUUACGAGCAGAGGCGUGGGCGGAAAUUUGCCCCCAUAUUUUGGGCAUUUUGGGUUGGAUCGUCUGACCAUUUUGGAUUUGUCUAACAAUUCAUUUCGUGGUCGCGUGCCGUCCCUGCCGAAUGUCAUGACCCUAACAGCAAUGAACUUAGGAGGGAACGAGCUGGAAGGUGAACUUCCAGGCUUUCCGCCGUUGGCAUUUCAGAAUCUGGAAAGACUAUCUUUCUCCAACAAUAGGCUCAAAGGGAACCUUUCCUUACUCGUCAACUCACUGGCUGAACCUCUUUUCAACCUGGACCUCAGUAGAAAUUCCUUCAGCGGAGCGAUACCUACGGAGAUAGAGAAACUGAAGAAUCUGCAGAAUAUGGACCUAUCAAGCAACCGACUAACUGGGGACCUGACUUUUGACCUGGACAAACUUUCAAGCUUACAAUAUCUAAAUCUGAGCAGUAACCUUUUGAGGGGAACAGUUCCCAGCACCUUAUGGAGCAGUUCCGUUGACCGCAGUCAACGCCUUCGGCACAGCCGCCUUCGGCAUGAGACUGCACAUCGGUAGUGAAGCGCAUCGACGAGAAAUCCGCCUUCGGCGCUAUGCGACCAUGGCUGCGGCGUAGGAUGCUGGCGGAGUUCAAAUUGCCAAUUCGAGCGAGUGAGUGAAGGCGCGUCGGCGGAGCGUGAAGCCGCGCGUGAGAGAGCAGGACGUUAUACCUCCGAGCCGGCGUAGCCAUCAAGUGAUUCGACUUUCACGACCGAGAGUUGUCCAUGACACCCUGCGAGUGGACAGAGGACACCCCAUUCUUGAAUUUGCGAUUUCAAUUCUUUGUGCGAGCUGCGCGCGUCCACCUUCUAGCUGAGAGCCGUUCUAGACACCAUCGCGCAGAGAGUUACCCAGUGGAAGAGAGAGAAUUGAAUGCACGACAUUUGAAAUUGAGAGAAAUUAGAGUUUGCAGAGGAAAUAGAACCGCGAGCAAGAGGCUCGGGCAUAACAGAGAGAGAGGUGCGCAAGCCAAUUUCAAGAACGCGAUGUCGACAUCGGUGAAUCUGCGGAUGGUUCCACUCAAGCUCCCGCAGAAUGGGUUGCGUGCUUUUCAGGAUCGGCUGAUUGGGAGUAAACUCGAUUUCUUGCUGUAGGGAUGGAAUUACGUGUGCGGGGACAUGUUACGCGAAUGGCUGAGCGAGGAACGGCAACCUACGCGCGGAUUCCAUCCGCACGUAGAUCGUUGGACUGUCCACGAUUGGAGACAAGCAUUGGGAAGGUGUGCAGGCGAGGAUGGGUACCCACCGUUGGACAGUGAGAACAUCAAGGUGUCGAAGGCGGAUGAAGCUUCCUUUGUGGAAUUGUUCAAGCGGGAGAGCUCCUCCAAUAACAGGCUACCAUCCCGGGAAGUAUGUGCGGGAAAACGAGGUCGACACCGACGUGGAGGACUUUUCGACUUCCACUCCUCCGGAUCAACAGAAUGGGAGGUUAGCAGCACGAGUGCUGCGAAAGCGAAGAUGGAGAGAAGAACCGGAGAAGGAGCAACAGCAAGAAUCAACUGCUCUCACCCGGAAGCAACCACUACACGAGAUCUGCAGCUGGCUGAAGCAGAAGGCGCACAGAAUUUGUUACCUACCAACUGCGCGGAAACGGCGGCGAUCGUCACAAAGGGGAAGUCCAUCGCCGGAGAAGGAUGGGACUGCGCGGACGGCCGAGGGGUCAGCGGACUACCCGACGCCCUCGGCGGAGGUGAGACAAGCAAGAGCAACGUGCGGCACGGAUGAGUGUGCCGCCUACGCAUAGGCGACCCCUUGCGGAGGAAGUUCGCCUACGCAUAGGCAGGACUCACCCCCGGUGCAACGCAGGAAAGGGAAGGAGCCGGCGGAAGAUCCGCCUUCGGGGCAAGGCCCUUCAGCGGUGAGAUUGCCGGGAUAUGUGCCUUCGGCGCCAGGGCCUUCAGAUCACCGAGUUACGAAUAGAGAGCCGGCAGGAGCCGCGCCUUCGGCGGGAAAUUCGCCGGAAGGUGCGCCUUCGGCGGAAGGGCCUUCGGGACAAGGGACAUCGGGCGGGCCGCCUUCGGCUCAACCACCUUCGGCGGUAGACGCCUUCGGCGCUGCGCCCUCAGCGGAAGCGCCGCCGGGAAUUGCGCCUGCGCUUAGGCCGGACGCAUCCUUGGCGCAGGACCUAAUUGUGGAGCGGGACCGAUCGGUGGAACAGGACCUAACAAAGGAGCAGAUUGACUGUCCGUAGGGUGAAAUUCGUGCGCGCGAUACACAAUUACACUCCGCGCAGGCACAUUCCGCACGACCACCUUCGACGGUAGACGCCGACGGCGAGGAGGUAACGGGACAGGGGGAAGAUUGUGAAUUCGGCACGACCCCAUUCACCCACCGCCUUGGACAUUUUAGCAGGGAGCAGCGAGGCUGCAGGAGUGCCAGCGGCGGCAGAGCACGCAGACAUCUCGCAGCCUCGCACAGGCCAAUCGCCGACGAAUUCAAUGGCGACCGAAAUCCUCAAUUCGGAGAAUGACGAAGAAGGAGCAUCAACUGAAUCAAUUUCGGGAUCGGAAUCCACCGAGGAGGAGGAGCAAGAAAUGGUAGGCGCGCCGACGGCGGCGCUCUGUGAGCAAGUAGUACCUUUGUUGAGGUAUCUGGAUUGCAAGGUAGAGAAGUACGUGGACCCUCGCCAGCCUACGUUGAGCUAGUGAGGAGGCGAACCCGCACUAAAGUCCACACCAGCAAGUUGUUGAGCCGAGUGUACCAGGAACUUAAAGAUCUACAGGAGAAACAUGCGUGCUUGUGGGGUCAGUACAACCUCAAUAGGAAGUUGUACAAAGCCUUCGACAAGACGAAGGACGAGAAGCUGGAAAAGUUCGCCAAGGAGAAGGCAAAGCUCGCAGAGGAGCUGGAUUCUGAGCAGGCUAAGAAUCGAAUUUUGUCAGAGGAGCUCGUGCGACAGACACGGUUGUUAGAGCAGUGUCAGCUUGCACGGCAUGCGGACGAGGAAUUAAUCCGCAGACUGCAAUCCGAGUGCGGGGAAUUGAGAGUGCAACGUGCGGAGGCCGAAUUGCAGUUGAUUGUUGUUGAAGACGAUCGCCGGCGGGAGGCAGAUCGCACGAAGGAAGAGAUGGCGAGCCGAGUCACCCACUGUCUUAGAGGUUACGCCCACUGGGAAGUGGCGGCGCAGGAGAAACUCACACUGCGCGAGUUAGAGCUUCGUGCAGCGGGGUUGUUGGCAGGUGACAGUCGGAGUCGGCGGCGAGUGGUGAAGAAGCUAGACUCUUUUCUGUCGAGAUCGCGGGACACCAUGGCCACCCUCGAGUCGGAGGUUUCCGCGGUCUUGCGGCGAUUGGGACUGCGCAGUCGAGCUGAAGACUGGCAGGGUAGGGAGUUAGUGCGCGGCAGUCCGUCGCGAAGGAGACGAAGCACAGGUUCUGCGGAGUGUAGUGUAGCGUGGUUCCGUGCAGGCGUGUAGCGUAGUGCAGUGUAGUGUUAGUUAGGACUUAGAAGGUAUAAAGUAGUUCAAGGCGUCUUGGGAUUUUUCCCAGUUUCAGAAGUGCAAAUCAGGAACCCAUUUUCUCUGCGUGUUUGUGUCCUUAGUUCUGUCACCACGCAAGAGGAGCUACACCUUGGCGGUCCGCAUUGUGUAGCUGAAGGUCUUCGGCCGAAUGUUCAGAGCUAGUACAUUGGUUAGAGACUUGAGUAGUUCGGAUCUACACCUACGGGUGAUUGCCGAUGCUUAGAGCUAGUGACGAGUUAGAUACUUGAACAGUUUCCCCCUUACACCUUCGAGUGAUUGUUUCUGAUUGGACUCUUUCGGGAUUUUUCCCCUGAAUGCCAAAGUGAAAUUGUGCUACUUCGUGUA